CCUGGAUGACAUUCCGCAGCUCAAGAAAAUCCCAGCGCUGCUCCCCAGCCACAAAUCGCUUGCACGUGGGGCCCGCUAGCGCAGUGUCCAUGUCUCUGCAACUAGUGAGAUCGAGCAAGACGACCGCGAGAGAGACAUGGGAUUUUUACUCGUCGCAGUAACCGAUUCUUGUGAACACAAGAGUUCCAUGUGCCCACUGGUUGUGGUUCGGCAAUGGUAGUUUCGUCUCACUGCCUGCGCUGCGCUGCACGCCGAUGGUACUAGCAUGGUGGGAGGUUUAGUUCUCUCCCAGGCGCAGUCGCACCAGGUCGCCACGCCAAGAACCACCGGGCCGGCGCCGGCGCCGGCGUUGGAGAAGAGGCCGAGGGAGCAGGCGCCACCAUGCAGCACGACGACGACGGCGAUCUCGGCGCGGAGCGUUGACGAGGUCAGGAAGGCGCACGCGCGGCACGUCAAGCUCGGCCUCGACCGCUCCCCGCGGCACGCGCGGCCGCUGCUCGCGGCGUGCGCGCUCUCGGGAUGGCCGGGCGGCAUGGAGCUUGCGGCGUCCAUCUUCGAGUCGCUCGACGAGCCGGAGGCCUUCGACUACAACACCCUGAUGCGAGGCCACGUCAACGGCGGCCGCAGCGACAACGACCCGGCGGCCGCGCUGCGCCUGUACGGUGACAUGCUGCAGGCGAGCGUCGGGCCCGACAACUACACGUUGCCGUUCGUCCUCAAGGCGUGCGCGCAGCUCGUGGCCUUGCAAGAAGGGAGGCAGUUGCAGGGGCACGUCGUAAAACUUGGGUUCCAGCACGACGAGCACGUGCAGAACAGCCUCAUCAGCUUCUACGGCAAGUGCGGCGAGGCGGACACGGCCCGCCUGGUGUUCGACCGGAUGGAGGCCGAGGAGAGGACGACGGCCUCCUGGAGCGCGCUCCUCGCGGCGUACACGAGGGCCGGGCUGUGGGGCCAGUGCCUCGAGUCGUUCGGCGCGAUGGUGCGCGAGGGGUGGAGACCCGACGAGAGCUCCAUGGUCAGCGCGCUCUCGGCGUGUGCGCACCUUGGCGCAUACGAUGUCGGCCAGAGCGUCCACUGCACGCUGCUGAGGAACACCGCGAGGCUGAACACUAUCAUGCAGACGUCCUUGGUGGACAUGUACGCCAAGUGCGGCUGCAUAGAGAAGGCCGCGGCGGUGUUCGACGCAACGGAUGACAAGAACGCGUGGACGUACAGCGCUAUGGUGUCCGGCCUGGCGCUGCACGGCGACGGGCGGAAGGCGCUGCAGGUGUUCGACGCGAUGGUUAGGGAGGGCCACGCGCCCGAUGCGGCCGUGUACGUCGGCGUGCUGAACGCCUGCAGCCGCGCCGGGCUGCUCGAGGACGGGAUGCGGUGCUUCGACCGGAUGCGGCUGGAGCACAAGGUCUCGCCCAACGCGCAGCACUACGGCUGCAUGGUGGACCUCAUGGCCCGCGCCGGGAGGCUGGAUGACGCGCGCGCGCUCAUCGGGAGCAUGCCCACGGGACCGACGGACACAGCCUGGCGGAGCCUGCUCAACGCGUGCCGGAUCUACGGCAACCUGGAGCUCGCCGAGCGCGCCCUGCAGGAGCUGAGGCGCCUUGGCGCCGCCAACGCUGGCGACCACGUGAUCCUCGCGGACAUGCAUGCCAGGGUCACGAACUGGGAUGCCGCGGCCGCGCUCCGGACAGAGGCCGUGGACAGAGGCCUGGCGCAGGCCCCAGGGUUCAGCGCCGUGGAGGUGCGCGGCGAGGUGCACCGGUUCGUGUCGCAGGAUAUGUCGCACCCGAGGACGCACGACAUAUACGAGAUGCUCCACCAGAUGGAGUGGCAGCUGCGGUUCGACGGCUACUGGCCCGACACGUCGGAGGUGGCGCUGGACGUGGACGAGGAGGAGAAGCGGCGCGCGGUCGCCGCGCACAGCCAGAAGCUCGCCAUGGCGUUCGGCCUGCUCAGCACGCCGGAAGGAAGCACGGUGAGGAUCGUCACCAACCUCCGGAUGAGCAAGGAGUGCCACGCGUACAGCGCCUUGAUAUCGGAGAUCUUCGGGAGGGAGAUCGUCGUCAGGGACCGGAACAGGUUCCACCGGUUCAGGCGCGGCGCCUGCACCUGCAGAAACUACUGGUGAGGGGUUAGGUGGGUGUGAACUGUGAUUGAUGGUGUAAAUAUGAACAAGUGAACAACCAUUUCUAUUUUUUCCACACAAGUGUAUGAUCCCUUUGCUGUGAAUGGAUUACAUGGUAGACA